AUGGGUGAUAUUGUUGUUUUUGGUGGGUCAUCCCAUCCAGAAUUGGUCAAUAUGAUAUGUGAAAACCUUGGGGUUCCUUCUUCUAGAGUUGACCUAAGUAAGUUCUCUAACGGUGAAACAAACGUUCAAAUUGGUGAAUCUGUUCGUGAAAAAGAUGUCUACCUUAUUCAAAGUGGUUGUGGUCAUGUUAACGAUAAUUUUAUGGAACUUUUAAUCAUGAUUAGUGCCUGUAAAUCAGCUUCAGCCUCUCGUAUUACUGCGGUCAUGCCUUAUUUCUGUUAUUCAAGACAGCCAGAUAUCCCAUUCACUUCUAAAGGUGCCCCAUUAAUUACUAAAGCUAAUAAAAAUUCUAAUAUUGAGGGUGAUAUUCUUUCUCCAGCUCCUUCUGCUUUAAUGACACAACGACCAGGUUCAAUGAGUCCAUUUAAAGUUGCAGAUGAAGAAGUACGAACCAGUACCAAUCAAACUUUGAAAAAAUCAGUUUCUGCUUCUCGUAUUCCAAUUGUUAGCAGUAAAAAAGAUCCAAAAGGUACUGAGGCUAAUGAAGCGUUUAACGCACAAAACGCUGGUUAUAAAUUAUGGGUUGCCCAAUCUGGUACUUUAAUUGCUAAUUUAUUAACAGCUGCUGGUGCAGAUCAUGUUAUUACUAUGGAUUUGCAUGAUCCACAAUUUCCAGGUUUUUUCAAUAUCCCUGUUGAUAAUUUGUAUUGUAGGCCGUUAGUUCAAAAUUAUAUUCAACAUCAUAUACCAGAUUAUAAAGAUGCUGUUAUUGUUUCUCCAGAUGCAGGUGGUGCUAAGAGAGCUACUGCUAUUGCUGAUUCAUUAGAAUUAUCAUUUGCUCUGAUCCACAAGGAAAGAAGAUCUCAACUUUUAAAAGGUCCUCCUGAUGCCACUUUAACCUCUGGUGGUGGGUUAAAUGUUUCUACAACUCCAUUGAUUUCUAAUUUAAAUUCUACCGAAAUUACUAAUUCCCCAUCAAAGUAUAUUCAAACUACAAUGUUAGUUGGUGAUGUUAGAAACAAGGUAUGCAUUAUUGUAGAUGAUUUGGUAGAUACAUCUUACACUGUUACACGUGCUGCUAAACUAUUAAAGGAUCAGGGUGCUUCAAAAGUAUAUGCCAUUGUUACACAUGGUAUUUUCUCUGGUGAUGCCUUAGCUCGCAUUGCUCAAAGUGAGAUUGAUCAAUUUGUUAUCUCAAAUACUGUCCCACAAGAUGAAACUAUUUCUGCAUUAGGUAAAGAUAAAGUUGGUAUUAUGGACGUCUCUCGUGUCAUUGGUGAAGCUAUCAGAAGAAUUCACAAUGGCGAAUCAAUUUCUAUGUUGUUUGAACAUGGUUGGUAA